AUGGGCCAUGUUCUAGCAUAUCCAACCGAUGCCGUACCACGAGCACACGAAUUCUGCCGGCAUAAGGCCGAGUGUCGGGAUAAACCAGUCCGGAAGAUCUCUAUCUUGGUCGUUGCUUGCCCACUGGAAAAUCAUAUCGAAGUGAUGCGAGUGAAGUUACCAUUCUGGAUCAGUCGAAAUACGCGUGGCGGCUUAAUCGAGGCCACAAUGAAGGAACUUAUCCAAGAUGUGGACUUCAAGCAGUGGGCACCAAACUAUCCCGACUCUCAACAAGGCGACUGUGUCAGGAUGGAGUACAGCAAAGCACAUAACACUGGGCUCUGGUUCAACGAGUUCUGCACCAAGGACCUGCUCUACAUCUGUCAGAUUGUGGCCUGCAGCACAGAUCAUUACUGUCCUGUCGUCCGAUGA